ACAGGGAAAGGGGAGGAGUCAGGUCCUAAGUUCUGAACCCGAUUUUUCCGUUCCUGAACUUUGGCCCCUUUGUGAAAGGGCCAGGGAGAGGGUGGACUUUGAGCCACGAGGUUUGCCACGGAUGACACAGGUGAUCCACGCAGGGAACCGGAAUCAAGAGCUCAUCUAUGAAGACUAAGGUACGCCCCCUCGGCGCUCAAUGAGUAAGGAUCACAAUCUGCUGCAUAUGCAUGAGGGGACCAUGAGACCGUGACUCGGGACUACCCGAGAUGCGCCUGAUUAAAAAUUCUUCGGGCUUGAAGACUUGAGAGCCCCCUCAUUUCCUCACAGAUACAGAGAAAGUUUUCAAAGGCUCAUCUGAGGCGAACAUUGUGGGGAUAUCGGGCGAAGACGACCUAACUUGGAGCUUAUGAUCUGGCGUCUUCUGGAGGCAGCCCAAUGCCGGGAGGGGUCCUCGGUCAGCUCCACUAGAAGACGAAGGGGGCGUCUCCCCGGCUUCCUGCGGCGUCGGUGGCGAGCUGAGGUGGAGGCAGGCUGCGGCAGCGAAGGCGACAGUGGCGGCGGCGCCAUGGCAGGGCUUGCAGGAUCCGUGCUGCCUUGGUGAUCCCGGGCUGACAGCCAGAGAGCACAGCGGCUCAGCUCCUGGAGAGUGAGGGUUGAAGAAAGCGGAGGGCAGCUGCCUGCGCCCCCUGGCUCCCAUUAGGUCGGUUCCUGCAGCGGUGCCCGGUGGCCUUGGUGAAGGCCCUGCCCAGCAGAGAUCAUGUAUUGCCUCCAGUGGCUGCUGCCCGUCCUUCUCAUCCCCAAGCCCCUCAACCCCGCCCUGUGGUUCAGCCACUCCAUGUUCAUGGGCUUUUACCUGCUCAGCUUCCUCCUGGAGCGGAAGCCUUGCACAAUCUGUGCCUUGGUUUUCCUGGCAGCCCUGUUCCUCAUCUGCUAUAGCUGCUGGGGAAACUGUUUCCUGUACCACUGCUCUGAUUCCCCGCUUCCGGAAUCGGCGCACGACCCCGGCGUUGUGGGCACCUAACAGCCUGCCCAGUUAGCUUUCCAAGGAAGCAGAAGAUGGGAGGGGAGGCAUUGACAUAGGUCAUAAAGCAUUGGAGUUUCAAAUCCCGCAGCCCCGCGGGUGCCACAUUCCUGACGGCGCCUUUCUUGGCCUGUGAUGUUUUAUCCUUAUAAUGUGAAUAAUGGCACUGACCGGUGCUUUUAUUGUAGAGUCCUAUAGUCGUGGGUGGUCUUGUGAUUGUGUGUGUUCUGUCCCCAUCUCGGUCCCCCCACCCCUCCCACAGGCUGGCAGGAUGGUCACUCCCCUCGCCUCAUUCCUGCGAGGAGUCUGCGCCCAUCCUGGUACACUGUCCCAGCAUGACCUGGGCAGAUAAGAUGCCAGUCUCGUCACUUCUGUGACCCCUCCUUGUCAGGGUCUCUUACCGUACCAGAAUGUUACCAUCUCCUCAGUCCCUGUCCUGGUUUCCCUUUAGUUCUCUCCUACCCCUUUCCUUUUUGGGGGAGCACCUGUCCAAGACAGGGCUCAUUUUUGCACUUAUCUCGAAUUUAAAGAGAUUGCUGACGCCCGAGAGCCUCGCUUUUUCAUCCUUCUUUCCCUGGUCAGCAGCCCAGACAGAAACGUGUCUUGACUGUUUGUUGUCCACAAAUCUGCAGUAUUUUCUCCACUUCAUUUUUAAGAAAGAAGUAACAUAUCUGUUGCUCUUUCACCUGAGUGUCUGGGCUCACGCUUACCAGCCCAGCCUCACUUUCUUUGCCCUUCCUCCUGCCUUUCUCAAUUGUCCCCAGGAGGGGGGGCCUCACCGUGUCUCCUGUGCAUGCUCUGCAGGAUUGAGGUGUGGUGUGUUCAUGUAGAUGUAGCAGUCCCAGAGUGAAUGGAAGAGUACUCGGAAGAGUUUCAUAACAGCCAUGAUCCCCUUGAUAGGUGUUUGGAUAUUUUUGGUGUGCCGUGAGUGUGUGUGUGUGUGUGUGUGUGUGUGUGUGUGUGUAUACAAAUAUAUGUGUAUAUCCCUUUUAAAGAAGCUUUAUCGAACGUGUUCUGAUUUUGAGGUUUAGCAAUAGCUAGCUAUAGUAGGUGCUGCUACAGUUUUUAUUUAGCAUGGGGAUUGCAGGGUGACCAGCUCACUGGACUCCGUGGUGGUUCAGACAAGACAGAGGGGAGCGGUGGCCAUCGUCCUUGUGCCAGGAGUUCCUUCAGUCCUGCGCAUAUAGACUGUACAUUAUGAAGAAUACACAGGAAGACUUUGUGACUGUCACUCGCUUUUUGCUUUUUCUGCGCUUCAGUAACAAGUGUUGGCAAAUGAGACUUUCUCCUGGCCCCUGCCCACUGGGGACCAGCAUGGUUGUCCGUCCAGUCUCAGUCAUCCAUCUUCCUCUUGCCUGAGUGGGAAGGGCGGUGGGCCAGGCAGAGGACAGAACUGGAGGCAGUCCAUCUAGGGAAUGGGACCGUGAGGCCACACUUGUGGAACAUUUGGACUGCUAUUCUGGAGCUUUUAUUUUCGGUGUGUUCGUUGCACAGCUGUUUGAAAUGUUUAAUAAAGCUUUAUAAACUUUA